CUAUGGUGAAAUAUGAUAUCAGACGAUCGUCAUGUCUUGGGGAUUAAAGAAGAAAUUCGCCAUGAGUGCAGUUCCAGUCAGGAUCAAAAUGACCCAGAACGCCACCAUAUUAAAGAAGAAGAAGAAGAACUCUGGACCAUUAAGAAGACAGAGCCGGAUGAUGGACUGGAGGAACAAACCAUCAACCAACUGAACAUGCUUGAUGUUAAGAAUGAAGAUGAUGAUCAGUCCCCACAACUUCAGAGGCAAACUGAUCAAGACAUCGUGGCAGAUUGUCCAACAAGCUGCUCAGUUCAACAGAUUCAGUUAGAAUCAAAUGUAAAUACAGAUGAAACACAACAAGCUAGAAAACCACGUCCAGAUACUACUGAGAAGACCUCUGAAUCAUCUGAGACUGAAGUCAGUGAUGAUGAAGAUUUCAGUCAUGAGGAAUGGCAGAAACCUUUGUCACAUUCUGGAGCUGAAACUGAAGACAGUGACAAUGAUUGUAAGCAGAGCGGGGCACCGGUGUCGGGUGAAAAUAAUCAUACAACAUGUGACACUGUAAAAAUCGUCUUUAGCUGUUUUGAAUGUUCAGAAGAAUUUCUGUCUAAGCGGUCUCUGCAGAGACACAUGAGAAGCCAUCCAAGAAACAGGUCAUCCAGGUGUUUGGUUAAAAAAAAGUCUUUGAAAGUGAACCAAAACAUAGAUCCACACGUGAGGGUCCACACAGGAGAGAAGUCAUUUGCUUGUGAUGUUUGUGGGAAAAGGUUUACAAAGCAUUGUAUUCUUAAAAGACACAUGAGAGUCCACACAGGAGAGAAACCAUUUGCUUGUGAUGUUUGUAGGAAAAGGUUUACACAGCAUUUUAAUCUUAAAACUCACAUGAGAGUCCACACAGGAGAUAAACCAUUUGCUUGUGAUGUUUGUGGGAAAAGGUUUACACGGCAUGAUACACUUAAACUCACAUGAGAGUCCACACAAGAGAGAAACCAUUUGCUUGCGAUGUUUGUGGUGAAACGUUUACAAUGCAUUGUAAUCUUAAAAGACACAUGAGAGUCCACACAGGAGAGAAACCAUUUGCUUGUGAUGUUUGUAGGAAAAGGUUUACACAGCAUCGUAAUCUUAAAACUCACAUGAGAGUCCACACAGGAGAGAAACUGACUUGAUUGUGAAUUUUGGUUGAAGUUUAAAUAUCUGUAUGGUCUUAAAGCAUGCAGAAAACACAGAAUAAGAAGUGCAUAGUAGCAAAUAAGUGUCAAAAUUAGCUGUGAGUGUUGAACAAAAGCAAAAGUGAGUGAAAAUAGUGAAAAAAAAGCUGUCAGCAUUGUGUUUUAUAAGAAGUAGUGUCAUAAUUGUCUUGUGGUGUUUUAGUUUUUAUCAGACUACUGCCUUUUAUUUUUAUCCCUGUUUGUUUAACUAAAAUAUUUUGUAAUUAAACUUUAUAUCAGUAUCUUAUUUGUGUAGCGUUUUCUGAAAGACAGAAAAUGAUUUAGUCAGUUAAGCUAUGUCUUAUCUAUUGUUUGUUCAUUGGAAGAGUGAUGUUUA